CGGAGGCUGUCAAGCUGUCUGGGUGUGAGUGAACACCCUCUAGUGGAACUGCUGAAGAUUUGUUCUCAGACGUUCCAUUCGUUUUAACCAUCCGUAUUUCAAGAGGUCUAUGGUCCAGUAUUGAGCAGAGACCAUGUGGUGUUUAGAGCUGCUCCUACCACUGCUGUUGUUCAUCAGUGAUGCCAGUUGCCAGUGGAAUGUUUGGUUACCUCGGGAUAUCUCAGCCAUGACAAACUCCUGUGUGGUCAUCCCCUGCACCUUUAUGUAUCCGUCUGGAAUAAGGCCGAGCCGUGGCAUUCAUGGUAUCUGGUAUUUUGGGCAGCCCUACCCACAACUCUUCCCUCCUGUAGUCUUUAAAUCACGUACAGACGUUGUGCAUGAGAGCUACAAGGGCCGAACCAAGCUGCUGGGAGAUCUGCACCAGAGGAAUUGCACUCUGCUCAUCAACAACAUUGGCACCGAGCACACGGGGAGAUACUACUUUCGUGCAGAUCUCGGUGGAGCCAACAUCUAUACAUACCCCGAUUUCACUGAGCUCAAGGUUCUGGAUCAGCCCAACAUCGAUGUACCAGAGGAGAUUGUUAGUGACGAGAGCUUGGAGCUUACUUGCUAUGCUCCUGAUAACUGCCCAGACAUGACUCCAGAAAUCCAGUGGAUGUACACGGACUACCUGCCCGACCCAGAAUUCAGCACUGACCUCGUGGAAGAAAGCAACACAGCAGUCCUCUCCAACACCCUCACCUUCACACCCAGGCCCAUGCACAAUGGGCAGCUUCUAGGUUGCAGGGUCUAUUACCCCAACACAACACUAGCCUAUGAGAGGCUCAUUAAUCUAGACGUCAAGUAUGCUCCACGCUCUGUGUGGGUGAAUGCCUCUUCAGAGGUGAUGGAAGGCAGCUCUGUGACACUGCACUGUGAGGUAGACAGUAACCCUCCUGCCAGGAUCGCCUGGAUGUUUGGAGACCAGGAGCUGCUGUGGGACACAGCAUCCAAUGUUUCGCUCAUGCUAGAUGAUGUGACACCUGCAAAUGAGGGAAUUUACACCUGUGUUGGGGACAAUGGCUAUGGCAUCAUGAACACCUCACUCUACCUGGCUGUAAAGUAUCCUCCCCAUGAGCCUAUGGUAAAUGACUCCAUUACAGUAGUAGAGGGUACCACUCUGGCCCUGCACUGCAGCACACGGGGAAGCCCAGCACCCACCCUCACCUGGCUGAAGGAUGGGCAACUGGUGGGCACCAUCACUGCGGAUGAGCUGUCAGUGCUGACGAUUGCGGAAAUCACGCCGCAGGGAGAUGGACAGUACCGCUGCCUGGCAGAGAAUGAGCAUGGGAGAGCCAGCAGCUCCCUCAACAUCACUGUCGAGUAUGCCCCUGUGCUUCUGGAGGAGUCAAAGUGCACAGUGGUGAGGGAAGGUGUCCAGUGUGUCUGCAUGGCCACAGGGAACCCUGAACCCACUAUCGAGUUCUACCUGCCUGACCUGAACAUCACCAUCAACGAAACAGACGGCCGGUACAACUUCUACACGCACACAGACGGGCACACGUCCACAGGAAUGAUCAAGCUACGGGAGAAAGGUGAACGGGUCGACAACGGCAGCCCUGCUGUCAACGUCCACUGCAGCAUCUCCAAUGCAUAUGGAAGAGAGAGCAUACUUCUGGAGCUGCAGCAAGAGAAAAAGUACAUGAUGGCAGUUAUAGUCGGCACCAUUGGAGGAGUGGCAGUCAUAGCCUUCAUCAUUGCAGCAGUUAGAUAUGUUGGUCACAACAACAAGAAAGAGAAUGGCAACCCUAGGCAGGACGUGGUCCUGGAGAACCCAGCUUUGUACUACAGCGCAGUCAAGAAGGACAAACAAAAUCUGAGGAAGAAAGUGCUUAAGACAGAGCUGUUGGGCUCAAAGUUUAACUCCAUUCUAGAGGAGACUACGGGAGAAGACGGGGAUUAUCAAUCUGUGGGCUCUAUGGCAGGACUGGAGAGGCAAGAGCUGAAUUACGCUUCCCUGGAGUUUAUCGGGGCAAGGUCCAGGGAGGGGGCCUCAGGGAGGAGGGAUGACGGCAGCAACUACACAGAAAUCAAAGCCAAAUGAAUCGCGAUCCUUCCCUGAUCCCUCGGCUAUGCGAGAUGCAGUGGCAGCCCUAUAUUACACACAUCAUCUGCCCCGUAAACUGUGUAAUAACCCCACCUCUUCUCCUGGAUUUCACUCUGCAUAUGACUCUUUUGUUCCCCCCUCAUUUUAUCAAAUUUAUCACAUGUAAUCUGCUCUGUGGCAGUUUCUGCCGCUAUGGACUGCCCCUCCUCCAUGGGAUCCCCCGUCACAUACCACCAUUAGGAAAAACUGGUAUUUCUGGUGGUUUUGAGCAACACCAACUGGACAAUGUAAAACACAUGUUAAUUUCAAGCCUAGUUCAAGUUGCAGUACAUUGUCUCUACACACAGCGUUAAACGGUGGCCAUAUUUUUAUUCUUUUCUCCUUUUGAUUGCUGUUGUGUCUGUCUCACCGUUUGCUCUCCAUCUAUUCUUUUAACUGUCACUGUGUCUGCUGCCAGUCGAAGCAUCAGGGCAAGGAGUAACUGCUUUUUGUUGUCUUAUCUUUAUGUGUCUGUGUACUGAGAGCGAACCCUCUCCUAUCUUGUUGUGUCCUAAGAAGAUAAGUGUAAGAAGUGAGAAAAGGAGAUGCCUUUAGAUUCUACAUAAUUGUAUUUAAUGUGUGCUGUGACACAGUAGCCUCUCAUUUUAAAUGGAAAAAGUCACCAUCACUUUUGAUAGUAAGUCUGUAAAUUUAAGCGACACACUUUCCAGUUCUGAAAAAGGUCAAACCUUGAUUCUGGCAUUUUUCGUGUAGGUGUAAGAAUGAGAUCUGAGGGGAUUUCUUCCACUGUGGCCAACGCAAAGUGUCUCAUUUUCUACUUCUUUUCCACAAUGCACGUGUGUCUUCAAAAAUAUUCGAGUCAACUAGAAAAUACAGACCUGAAGCACAACAUACUUGCUUGUGAGUGGCCAAAGUGUUAUCUCCUAUAGACAAUGUGUGUAUGUAUGAAUGGGUGUGUGUAUUCAAAUUGUGCUGAAAGAUCACUGGACACUGAUUUCUGGGGUCUUUGGGAAGUUUCAGCAUCGCCUCACUAGAGGUCUGUGCUUUGUUCUCACAGGAUUGCGUCAAAUGUUUGAAUGGCAAAAGGUGAUGCUGACAAGCCAUCUGGUUGUGCUACUCAAUGACAUUUGAUGAACCUGUGGUGUAUUAUUAAAGCUCACUAAUAGUCUAACUUGAUAAUGAUGGUGUCAAUAAUAUAUUAAUUUGAUGUAUAUUGAUGGUGACAGGGAUUCUAGUUUGUACAGUAAACAUCCUGCAUGAUUCUUUUGCCAGCAGGCACACAUUCAAGUAUUGAACAGCAGUGAAAAGCCAGACUGACAAAUGAAAAGCAGUUUUGUCACAUGUCACUCAGCCACUCUGACUGAACACUGUCUUAAUAGAAGGUUAGAAAACAGUUCCCAACCUCUGACUACAUGAAUCUACAUGAAGUUAAAUCAAAGGCUGUGUUUUCUGUAUUGUUUCCAUUAAUCAUUAAGGGAGUACUUAGUAUUUUAGCAUUGCUUAUCCAUUGAAUGUAUUAACUCACAAGAGACAGGGUUUUUUUCUUCUUCUUUUUUAAUAAAUGGCCAAAUUCACAGGAACCAUGAUGUCCAGAGUUUGGUCCCUGGUACUUGUUUAGUUCCAAUUAUAGUCAUAAGUUACCCUUAAUGCAAGCAAUAGCUUAAUGGAAGCAAUCUUUACCUUUGAAGCACCAUGCCUUCAGAUUUUCUGAAGCUAGUUGAGAACAUUGUAUUGUGUAGCUUUUUACUUAGUACAGAGCAAACCUCAUACCUGAUCUAAACAAACCAAGAAGCCUACUACUUGUCAGUUUACACCAUGUCUUAUAGAGUCAUCUCUCAGACUUGCACACACACUGUAGCCAUAACUCCCUAUACCCUAUCAUUUUGCAUAAGAAACUAUAGAUAUUGAUUGUAAUUUUGAUUUAAAUUGGUAUUUAUUGCACUUCAGAUUGAUUUUAACAAUGUAACACAGAAUAGCAAAUAUGCAAUUUUUAAUGUACAUUGUUAAAUGUAUGUAAAGAUGUUUAUGGAAAAGUCAAGUGGAAAACAAAAGAAAAAAAUGGAGAAAUAAUCUCUUUGUGAAGAUUAAAAUUUCUUUGGAUAUAAAUAUAACGACUAAAGGUUUAUAAAAUCCUAUUAUGAAAUUCGGUUUGGUUUGUUUGGCUGUCUCAUUUAAAAUGAUGGAGUAAGUUGACUGAAGCAGCAGAGUGUUUAUGUGAGCUGUGUUUAAAUGGUUUCAUAAUCAGCAGAGCAAAAUCCACUAUAGGCCUCAAACUACAGUAAUUUUGUACAGGUACAGACAUCUCUAGAGGGGAAAGGCAUUGUGAAACAAAGAAUGAUACAUUAUAAGGAGCACUUCAGUUUUAACUGUUAAACUGAACUGAACCCAAAUGAAUCUCUCUGUCAAAAUGAAUAAACCAUGAUGAUGAAACUUCAGAUUAAGUUUGGUUUUAACUACAAGUGAAGACCUGACGUUUUUCUAACUGGAUGCUCUUCCGUUCUGGUAAUAAUAUGCAGGUAUAAUUUUUACCUGUAGCUUUAUGAUGAGAAAUGAGACAUUUUUUUUAAAAUUAAAUUUCACUGAUUAAGACUUUUAAUCAAUGCUGGCCUUUUAUUAAGACACUGUUCUCUUAAAUUAUAGAUGAAGGGUUCCAAAUAUGCAAGCUAGCAUUCCUAAAUUGCCUGCCUGCACAGAGUCAUUAACCAUUCACUGUCUCCGAUCUCCUCAUAUUCUUAUUUAUUUAUUUUUAAAGCAGAAAUAUCACAUAUGUCUUAUCUAAUCUUUGCCACAGCGUGCUGUAAAGAAAAUGUGUAUGUCCAGUACUUUGUGGUGAUCAUAAUAAUUAUUAUGGAGUUUUUGUUUUUACAUUUAUGAUUAUAUAAUUUAGAUCGGGGUUUGCAGUCUCUGCAAAUAAGCACUGUUGUAAUGACUGUAGGUUUGUCACCAAUGAUGUAGUUUGCUUGCUCUUUUAUUUUAAAAAGUCCUUGAUGCCUCCAGCAAAUUCAUUUGUCUUCAGUUUCCUGCAAAUACAAAUAAAACAAAGACAACACCGUA